AUGAACACACCUCCCAUGGGACCAGAGCAACAGCUCACACCAAAAACUUCUCCAAUCAUGAUGCACUUGGACGAUUUGUCGUCGCUGGGAAAUCCGACAUUCAUGCACCUCGACGAUAAUAACAACAACAAUAUGAAAAAUGGGUAUCCUGCGAUGUACCGCACUUCGCUGUCGAAACUCACGGAGCGCGGACGCCAGGGCCGUGGCCGCAGCGCAGAUCUCAAAACUCCUCCCAAAAUAUUACGAUCUAACUCUCCAAUUCGCGCCAUGCUGGGAAACGCUCCGAAAAUGCUGAAACCAGAGUACAUGAGCGUGUCGCGACUUCUGAAUACCAGCAAGGGAGUAUCAGCAACGCCAGUAACGACACCUUCCAUGAUUUUGACGUCAUCUAAGCUCUUUUUUAAAGAUGCUGCCUCUUCGCGACAGACGCAGGUGCCAGAAUCCCAGCAAAUGCCACAAGAAGCACCGCAGGAAGUGCAACAUCAAAAGAAUGAAGCUAAAGCCCAGACCCAAUUGCAAUCAUCGUCAUCACAAUCACAAUCACAAUCACAAUCACAAUCACAAUCACAAUCACAAUCACAAUCACAAUCACAAUCACAAUCACAAUCACAAUCACAAUCACAAUCACAAUCACAAUCAUCAUCAUCAUCAUCAUCAUCAUCAUCAUCAUCAUCAUCAUCAUCAUCAUCAUCAUCAUCAUCAUCAAAACCAUCAAAACCAUCACAUUCAAGAGAACUCUCAAAUGCAAGCUCACUGAAAAGCAAUGCAACUGCUUACGAAGUCGAGGCACAAACCGAAAGUCGCUGUAUUGUAGAAACAAUAACAAGACCAAUGCCAGAUGCAAAACUCACGCAGCCAGUUGCCAAGGGCCCCGAUUACAGAUUUCCUUCUGCGACUUCGACAGCAUCUUCCAGUUCCACGCUUGACAUGAAGGACUAUCCCGAGAGUCUGAACUUCGAAGUGCCGUCGCUAGACAAGGACGAAUUUGUGCUAGCAACCCAAAGCAAGAGAAGCUCCUAUAUCUCGAGUGUGGGAUCGAGUAACGACGAAGACCUUAAUGGCUGGUUUGCGCAAUACGCCGACGACAGACAAGUAGCCACUUUGAAUAUUAGUGACACACAGCACAAUCGACAGCAGUUGGAUGCUUUGAGAGAAAGAACGUUUCAAACAGAGCAUUUCUCGCUCAAGGUCAAACAGCUAGAGCUGAGUAUCGCAGAACUACGGUUACAAAACGAACAAUUAAGGCACACAAUGACCGCACAUCGGACAGUUCAAGACAAGUGCAUGUUCGAUGCCUUGCACGACGUUCAGCGCGAAAAGGAGAACAGCUUUAGAGAAAUGGACCGUAAGAUGAAGCAGUUGGAAAAACAGAUAGAAAACUACAGGCGGGUGGUCAAGAAACUGACCGCUCCAAUGAAAGUGGCACCUCCGUCCAAGCCCAGAAUCCCCCUCGUGGAUGCCCUAACGCUUGACGAGAUAUCAGAAGCCAACUCCAGCAGCGGUGACGACACUGAGAGCGAAAUUCCUGAUGACGACUAUGACAAUAAACUAGGAAAGACUGAGACCCUUACGAAACCUUUUAACGACGAAAUCAGUCUCCCGAUGUCAGAAUCACCUCGCAAGAGACUCGCAGGGAUCAAGCUAGGAUUGACCUUUGAGAAAUGA